AUGUCCUCAACACAUACUGACAACGCCGCCGACAACUCACUGGACGACAUUUUCGGCUCCUCCCCACCGCGCAACGAAAGAGAACUCCACGCGCCACAACACGCAGCAAACACAACUACAGCUUCAGCCUCAGCCUCUGGAUCUACAACCGAGCCAUCCGACCUCCCCUCUCUACGCCGCCAACACGUCACAGCCGGAUACCGCGAUGGCGUAUCGAUGGCGAAGGGCCAAUACGUCCAAGACGGCUUUGAUGCAGGCUUUCCCGUCGGCGCGCAGAUGGGUAUGAGAGCCGGUACAAUUCUUGGAAUUAUGGAAGGAUUGCUACGUGGUUUCGAGGAGCGGAGUGGACCGGGUGUUGUGAAGAAGCCGGUGGUGCGGGGUGGCACUGCUACGUCUGGUGGUUCGACAUCUACGCAAGAAGGGAAAGGGAAUAUGGAUGAAGUGGCCGAAUUGCACCGCCAAAAGAGGGAGCAGGUCCGCUCGCUUUACCAGGCUGCGUUGAAGGAGCUUGAUGUGCAGGCUGUGUUCGCUGGUGCCGGGAGUGAAGGGGCUGCUGCGCCGGAAAUGCCGGCGGAGGUUGUUCCCGGGAGUAAGAGUAAGGAAGGGGAGUCGGCAGAGGCGCAGCUAGCGAGGAAGGGGGAUGUGGUUAUUUCGAAGUGGGAGGGGAGGGUUGCAGUUCACCGGUGGGAGGAGAAUAUGGAAGCCUUGGAGAUGAAGGAGAAGGAGAAAGAGAAAGAGAAGGAGAACAAGGGCGAGAAUGCGGACUCGGCGUCGGCCACGGCCUCCGGUGCAGGCGCCAGUGCAGCGCAGGCUGUGGAGCAGAGUUGA